CUCCCAUGCCAAACACUUUGACUUCGAUCUGGCACUUUUUCUCAUGACGUGUCGGCGAGCCUAACUUUGUUUAACAACCAGACGGAAAAGUCACUGCAAAUAGCCGAAAAUGCGCGACCAAUUCAUCAGCCUGACCCUGCUGCUGUGCGCCCUGCACAGCGCCUGCGGCCUAUACUUCCACAUAUCGGAGACGGAGCGCAAGUGCUUCAUCGAGGAGGUUCCGGAUGAGACGACCGUGAUUGUCAACUACAAGGUGGAACUGUACGAUCCACGCUCCAACGGCUUCAUGCCCUCGUCCCCCGGCAUCGGGAUGCAUGUGGAGGUGCGCGACAGCGACGACAAGAUCGUCCUGUCCCGCGUUUACAGCUCCCAGGGCCGCAUCUCGUUCACAUCGCACACGCCCGGCGAGCACGUCAUCUGCAUGUACUCCAACAGCACUGCCUGGUUCAGCGGCGCCCAGCUGCGCGUUCACCUGGACAUCCAGGUGGGCGAGCACGCCAUCGACUACGCCAAUGUGGCGCAGAAGGAGAAGCUGACCGAGCUGCAGCUUCGCAUCCGCCAGCUGCUCGACCAGGUGGAGCAGAUCACCAAGGAGCAGAACUACCAGCGCUACCGCGAGGAGCGUUUCCGCCAUACCAGCGAGAGCACCAACUCCCGCGUGCUCUGGUGGUCGCUGGCCCAGACCGUCGUCUUGGUGUGCAUGGGCUUCUGGCAGAUGCGCCACCUGAAGAGUUUCUUCGAGGCCAAGAAGCUGGUGUGAGGUGCUCCCGGGCUAGAGCAUCAUCAGCACCACUGCCUGCGGCCUCAUUGUUUUGGUGUUUCCCCUCAUUUGGCAGGAGUUGCGAAUUUCAUCGAUGGAUCGUCAUCAGCCAGCCACAGGCCUCGACUCCAAGCACGUCUAGUUUUAAUUUCUUGUGCGUAAUUUAAUAAAAUCCAUUGUACAAAAAGA